AUGCCAUUCAUUCGAGAAAAGGACAACCAGCCCAUCACACGCAACAGGACCCUCUUCUUCCUCUCCGUCCGCGACACGUCCACCUUCGGCUCUCGCCGCCAGGCCGGCCCAUCUUACGGCGCAGACGUAGCCGAAGACGACGAGCGGGGCGGCCUCCUCCGCGAGCACCGAGUAGACUUCUCACAAGGUCUCCCACCAAAGUGUGAUGAGGUCGAGGACAUUCUGAACCGUGUCAAGGGCAAGGUCGCAGCGCUAGACAAGCUGCACGCCAAGCAUGUCCUGCCCGGCUUCAACGACCGGAGCGCCGAGGAGCGCGAGAUCGAGAAGGCUACGACGGAGAUCACGAGAGCUUCCGGCCAGUCGUCCAACCUGAUCGGGACGAUCACGCCAGAGGCGGGGACAGCCCGAGUCGAGCGCCUUACAGCGAAGAACGUGCAGCGCGGCCUCGCGCAGAAGGUGCAGGAGGCGAGCGGGCAGUUCCGCAAGAAGCAGCGGGUAUACAUGCAGAGACACCAGAUCAAGAACAAGGACCUGCUCGCUGCGUCUGGCGCGAUCUCGCUCCGGGGGAACGAGGGCCUCGAGUCGUUGGCAGAGGACGAGGCCGCGGUCCAGCUCCAGUCGACCGAGUACGCGCCGAGCGUCGAUAUCCAACAACGCACGAACGAGAUCACGCAAAUCGCGACCUCGAUCACGGAGCUGGCGGAUCUGUUCCGUGACCUGUCGGGUUUGAUCGUGCAACAGGGUACGGUACUGGAUUCUGUCGAGUACAACGUGCAGCAAACCGCGCGGCAGAUGGACGACGCCGUCGAGGAGCUCAAGGUCGCGAAGCGAUAUCAGAGCAACACGGGGAAGCGGAAGUGUAUCCUGCUCUUGAUCCUGAUCAUCGUGGGACUCAUUUUGGUGCUCAUCUACAAGCCGAGACGAAGCGGAGCGAGUGCCGGGGGAGGGGGAGAUACGGGGGUAGGCGAGGGAGGGAAAGUGGAGAGACCGGGCAACGAUGGCAGCAUCCCGCAACCGACACAGGGGAGUGCGGUAGGCGGUAUCGGCGGCGCGGACAUGGGCAUCAUCGACGGGCCCGUAUAG